AGAGAACAUUAACCUUGUUCUCUGCCACACUUGCAAUCCACAAAUCUAGACAAUUAGAAAGCAUCAGCAACUUUGUGUGAGACUCGCUUAAGACAAAACUUGGCGGGAGUUUAUGUGAGACUAAGGUUAAUCUUUGCAUUCCCCACUCAGUGUGUGUUGUUACAUUUCACUGCAGAAAUACUAGGAUUUGAUUGUGGCUGGUUGUCCCAGCCCCAGGGGCGUAACCUAAUAACGUAUCAGAGAGCUGGAGCUGGGGCGGGAUUCCAUCGGCAGGCAGAUUUUAUCCAAUCACAUCUGUAAAUGCAUCACUGACCCCAGACCCUAUAAGAGGGAGGAGCCUCCGGAAGGCCCGUCAGAUGAGCCCUGUGCAGAGUGUGAGUCACACCGCAGCUCGGUGUUUAGCCCAGGCUCGCCCGGUUUGAAGUUCAGUCUUCCUGAGCUGGCACUCUUCAAGUAUCUACCAGUUGGUGAAACAGAUCUUCAGAGAAACAAUUUAUGAUCAAUGGCCACUGCAGUGACAGGUCCGUGUUGAAAGAGAAAUGGAAUACAAGUGGCAGAAACAUGGAGAAAUUCAUGGAAAAUCUAACUGACGAUGGCAUGAAACCACCUGGAUUAGUCCACGUCCACAUGCAGGGACAGGAAGCCCUCUUUUCUGAGAAUAUGCCCUUAAGAGAAGUCAUUGUUCAUUUCACCAAACAGUUGUCAGCAGGAACCCCAACAGGAGAGAACAUGGGGACACCGUCCUGUACUCCCCAGGAUACUUCUCUGGCAACGGGACGAGGAGAUGAAAAUAAAGAAAAUGGUGGCAACAUUGACCAAGUAAAUGACGGUAUUACUAGUCAAGGCAAUGAAAUCCCUUCCCUACUCAUUAUCCAGGAAGAGGGCUGUCCUAGGCCUGAAGACGACAGUGUUUCUUUCAAGAAUCCAGUCAGUUCUGGAAGAGCAGGACUAGCUAUCUCCGGGUCCCAGGAGGGGUGUCCAAAAGGACCCCCUUAUCAAGAUAUCCUUAUGGAGGUGGGACCAGGGUUUCUCUCUCAGCCAGUCAGGGUCACCCCUGAGCCUGUUCCUACCCACCAGAAUGAGGGAAUCUCCACAUGUGAGGGACUCCAAGAAAGAUCCCAUGAAGCCCCCAAACCACAUAGAUGUGAAAAGUGUCCCAAGAUCUUUAGGUAUUUCUCUCAGCUAAAAGCCCAUCAGAGAAGACACAAUAAUGAGAGGACAUUUAUUUGUGCCGAGUGUAACAAAGGCUUCUUCCAAGCAUCAGACCUACACGUGCACCAGAUGACUCACGCAAGAGAGAAGCCUUUCACGUGCAGCACGUGUGAAAAGUCCUUCAGCCACAAAACCAACCUCCAGGCUCAUGAGAGAAUCCACACGGGAGAGAAGCCCUACGCGUGUUCCCUUUGCCGGAGAAGCUACCGCCAGUCAUCCACCUAUCACCGCCACCUGAGGACUCACCAGAAAAUGGCCUUCAAAAGUGCUCCUUCCACACCAGAAGCUUCCUCAGCUGCAGCCCCAAUGUAAUGUACACAAAUGUAUAUGCAAGUAUGUAUAUUUCCAUCGUACUUCUCUGUUUGGAAGAUAAUUCCCAAUUUCCUGAUCGUAUUCUCCAUUUCCUGUCUUACUCCAUGAAAAUAUAACUUUAAGGAGGUCAGGGAAUUUGUUUGUUCACUGAAGUAUUUCUGGUACCUAGAAAAAUGGCUGCCACAUUUCCAAUGACCAAUAAGUAAUCUGUUGAAUUAAUUAAUAAAGGUGUAAUGUUGGUGUUUAUUCCUUAAAAUCCAGGAACGUCCAGCCCUAUGACACAAACGGCGGUUCCCAGAGGUCAUGUGAGGCUUUCCUUCUGCUCCCCUGUCCUCUGUCCAUACCCUUCACCUUCAGUGGGCCGCACGUACCUAAAAAGGUGGAGAGCAGAG